UUCAACACACACACACACACACAUACAUCUAUACUCAUCAGCUAAUAAUAGUAAUUAUUAUCAUAUACCAUGGAGAGUCCAAACAGAAAAUCCACUCAAAAGCUUGCAAGGAGCGGUCCAACUUCUCCAGUCUCAUCAACUCCUAGAUCAGUGAGACUCAAUUCACCUCAACAGUCAUUCAAGAACCAGUCUGGGAUGAGAGAUGAAGCAAAAGAGCGCCAAGUUGACAAAAAUAAGCAGAAGUCCUUGGUGAAGGAAAGCACCAAACCACAGGACAUCAAACUCCAUACUCAGCAAAGGGCAAUCAAACGUUCCGUGUUCAACUACUCGGUGGCAACAAAGCUGUACAUAAUGGAGCAGCAAAAGAAGCAUCUAGAGAAGAUUCAAAAGAUGAUUGAAGAAGAAGAAAUCCGUACUCUAAGAAAAGAGAUGAUUCCGAGGGCUCAGUUAAUGCCCUAUUUUGACAGACCUUUUUACCCCCAAAGGUCAACUAGGCCUUUGACUGUUCCAAGAGAGCCAAAUUUGAUGAGUGGGAAAUGCUCAAGCUGCAUUUCAUGCAGAUCAAUGAACUUCUCAAUUCUGAACACGAUGAAGCCUGCUGUUAAGUGACUCCCAUCUCACCACCUAAUUCAUGAUGGGUGGUAAUAAUUGGCAACUUUUUAUUUUCACUUUUUUUCCCACUAUAGGUACGUGAUGGGAUAUUGUCACAUUUUUGACGUGUGGAGCACGUUGUACUAUACAUCAAAGGGGCUUGAGUUGAGUUGAGUUUAAUUACUUGCUUGAAUAAACAAACAGGGCUACGUUUGUGUUGUAAUUACCAGAGAUUUGCAUUUCUGGUAUACGUAGGAUUAUUGGACUUAGCAACUUUUGUAGAUCAGAGGAAUAUAAUGUACUGUACGUACGUAGAUUAUUAUGGAUAUUCAAUUCCUAGGAGAGGAGGGUGGCUUCAUGUACCAUGUUAGUAGUUAUUAGAAGCCAAGUAGGGUUUGCAGUUUGCGUUCUUUAAUUUGCACCUUGUAAUUACUCCGUCUUUCUUGUUCGAUAAUAAAUGGAAUGUAUCUGCCUCUUUAA